AUGGCUGAGAAAGCUCGACGCGAUCUUAAUCGGUUAUUGACCGAUCAUAAAGAAUCGAUUACGAAAAAAUUGGAAGAAAUUUCUUGUCAAUUAAAAACAACAAAAGAGGCCGAUGAUUAUUCAGAGAAAGAUUUAAGUGAAUGGUUACAGAUGCUGGAAAAACUCAAGAAACAGCUAUUAACACCAUCAAAUGUGAUAUUACGGACAGUGAGUGAUGAAAUAUGGUUGCAACCAAUCGUAGUUAUGGCAACUUCUCUUAAUUCACGAGACAAAUUCGACAAAGCAAGUAAUAACAUUAGAAUAUUGGAAAAUGGUUUCGUUGCAGAAGACAAUGGAACAUAUAGUCAUGGUGAAGUUCGAGGUUUCAAGACAUACUCAACAGGAACUUAUAAAAUUAAUUCGAAAAUUGAAGAGAUGACGAGUAACAAUUGGAUGUUUUGGGGAAUUAUAUGAGAAAGUACUGCACUGCAACAAAACUCUUACUCGUCAACAUCAGCUAACGGAUGGGCGAAGGCCUAUAAACAAGUCUAUUUGAAUGGUGUAAACAAUGAAGGGUAAAAUAACUAUCAGGGUGACAUUGUUAAAAAUGAUAUUCUUCAUCUGAUACUGAAUUGCGAUAGUCGAAUUAUCAAACUUGAAAACAAACGAACAAAUCAAAAGAAUUCUAUUCCUAUUGACUUAAAUCGAUGUCCAUUCCCGUGGCAAUUACAUAUUAAUCUACACGACAUUAACGAUCGCAUUCGCAUAUUGGAAUAGAGGAUGGUAGAGAACACUGGAUCUUGUACUGAUUUAUCAGUUACUUUGUUCUGAUAGCAAGUUAAAUGGGAGGGUGUGAGUGUUUGUGACAUGAAUGCCGAUGUCAGGUAUAGGUACAGAUAGGGUUACACCGACGCCGACAUCCACACUCUAGAAUCUUUUCUUUUAAUGUUUUCCGAUGUAUGUGCAUAGAAUAAAAAUGUCAGGAAAAAUCAGAUUUUAAUCGAUUAUUUUUCGAUUAAUAACUAAUUAUAAUGACACUAUUAUAAUUCGACUAGCGAGAGCCCGUGCAUACUGCACGGCUGAUUUUUUUCCUGUGAAGUUACACUUCUGUCCUUUAGCUUUGAUUGGGUAAUAGACAAAAACCCAGUUCGCAUUAUCUAUAUAUAUAGAUCGUAUAGCCUGAUACCCUUGUAGAGUCAUACUC